GUUUUGAGAGCGAGAGAGAGAGGAUAAGCCUUAUCCACUGGAUAUCUGAGCCCUGGAGUAAUACUUUUCAGGAAACUAUCAACUCCAAUUUCCUCUUUUGUAGUCUUAACUAAUCUUUCUUGGCAGCUUCGCAGCCCAACUUCAGUUAUAUUCGCAGCUGUCUCACAUUCAUGGGGACAAUCCCUCAAUUGCACCCCAUUAAUCCAUCACCACUCCAAAAUCCACUCAUCACCAAGAAACCCCGGAGCCAUUCCACCGCGUUUAGCAUUCUUAGAGUUGCAGAGACCCAGCUCUCUACUUCUCUUCCACCAUUUCAUUGCUUAAAUGGCUAUCACGAGCCUAAUUCCUUGAAGUCAGUCAAAAUAAUGCAUGCCCAGAUAGCAAAAAUGGCCAAAGACAAGAAUUCAGAUGCCAAAAUGCAAUCUUUGAUCACAUCUUACUUAAUUUUUGGCGAUUUUCGUUCAUCUGCUAUGGUUUUCUUUCUGGGUUUUGCACAAAACUACCUUCACUGGAAUUCUUUUGUAAAGGAAUUCACUAGUUUUGGGGGAGACCCAUUUGAAAUUCUUGAGGUUUUCUGUCAGUUGCAUAAUAAAAGAGUGAGCUUUGGAAGUAGAGUUCUCACUAUUGUUUUGAAACUUUGUGCAAAUGUAAGGGUUGUAUGGUUAGGUACGGAAGUUCAUGCAUCUUUGAUUAAGAGGGGAUUUGACAUGGAUGUCUACUCCAAGUGUGCACUGAUGAACUUUUAUGGUUGCUGUUGGGGCAUUGAAUAUGCAAAUCAGGUGUUUGAUGAAGUGCCUGACCAAGAGGGUCUAUUGUGGAAUGAGGCAGUUUUGGUGAAUUUGAGAAAUGAGAAAUGGUUGGAGGCUCUACAAUUGUUUAAGGAAAUGCAGUUUUCAUUUGUGAAAGCCAAUAGCGUUACACUUGCUAAAGUUGCGCAAGCCUGCGGAAAAGUGGAAGCUCUUGAUCUAGGAAAGCAGAUUCAUGGAUUUAUCAUUCGAAGCGCAUUGGAAUCAAAUGUAUGGGUAUGUAAUUCGCUAAUUGGAAUGUACUCGAGAAACAAUAGCCUUGAACUUGCUAGUGCAGUUUUUGAUUCAAUGGAAAAGCGUAACUUGUCUUCAUGGAACUCAAUCAUCUCUAGCUAUACUGCACUUGGUCAUCUACAUGAUGCACAGAAACUGUUUUCCGACAUGGAGAGUUGUAAUAUGGAUCCGGACAUUAUAACCUGGAAUUCCCUUAUGUCAGGUCAUUUCCAUUGUGGUUUAUACCGAGAAGUCCUGAUUCUUUUGCAGAGGAUGCAAGCUGCUGGUUUGAAACCUAGCUCUAGCUCUAUCACCAGCGGUCUUCAAGCGAUUAGUGAAUUGAGUUACUUGAGUCUUGGGAAGGAAUUACAUUGUUAUGUGGUAAGAAAUGGAUUUAGCAAUGAUUUAUAUGUGGGAACUUCACUGCUUGAUAUGUAUGUGAAGAAUGAUAGUCUAACCUACGCACAAGCUGUUUUCGAUAGUAUGAUGAAUAGAAAUAUCUUCGCUUGGAAUUCAUUAAUUUCAGGAUAUUCCUUCGCAGGCCAAUUCGAAGAUGCCAUACAAAUGUUGAACCGGAUGGAAAGGGCAGGAAUUAAACCAGAUUUAGUGACAUAUAAUGGUCUGGUUUUCGGGUAUUCAACAUGGGGCCGCAAUAAGGAAGCUCUGUCCAUGAUUCACCAUAUGAAAGUUUCAGGCUUGACUCCUAACGUUGUCACUUGGACCUCUCUAAUAUCUGGUUGCACACAGAAAGGAAACUUUAUGGAUGCACUUGAUUUUUCCAUCCAAAUGCAAGAAGAUGGUAUCAAGCCUAACUCGGCCACCAUUUCCACCUUACUUCGAGCCUGUGCCAGCCUAUCUUUGCUACAGAAGGGAAAAGAGAUACACUGUAUGGCAAUUAGAAAUGGCUUCAUGGAAGAGGUAUAUGUAAAUACAGCUCUAAUUGACAUGUACGCUAAGUGUGGCAGCCUUGUGAGUGCCUACGAGGUCUUUGGAAAAAUCCAAGACAAAACAUUGGCUUCUUGGAAUUGCAUGAUCAUGGGUUUUUCAAUCUACGGCCAAGGAAAAGAGGCGAUUUCACUUUUCAAUGAAAUGCAAGAAGCGGGUAUUCGGCCUGAUGCUAUUACCUUCACAGCUCUCCUCUCCGGUUGCAAGCACUCAGGUCUAGUAAAUGAAGGAUGGAAAUAUUUCGACAGUAUGAAGGUAGAUCACAACAUAAUCCCCACAAUUGAGCAUUACUCUUGCAUGGUUGAUCUUCUUGGAAAAUGUGGGUUUCUUGAUGAAGCUUGGGACUUUAUUGAAAGGAUGCCUAUAAUGCCAGAUGCCAACGUUUGGGGCGCUCUUCUUGGAUCAUGCCGAAUCCAUGGAAAUUUAAAGCUCGCGGAAAUUGCAGCAAAGAACCUUUUCAAGUUAGAACCACAUAACCCUGCCAAUUAUUUACUGAUGAUGAACUUGUAUGCGGCUUCGGGCAGAUGGGAGGAUGUAGACAACAUUAGAGAUUUGAUGGGUGUGAAAAUGGCGACACUUGGGCAAUGGAGUUGGAUACAAAUCAAUGCGAAAAUUCACUUGUUCUAUUCCAAAGGAAAAGCUCACCCAGAUGAAGGAGAGAUAUAUUUCGAGUUAUAUCAGUUGAUUUCAGAAAUGAAAAGUUCGGGUUACAUCCCAGAUCUGAAAUGCGUAAUCCAGGAUAUUGAUUAUGACGAAAAGGAGAAGUUGUUGCUUGCUCACACAGAAAAAUUGGCCAUUACAUAUGGACUGCUAAAGACGAGAAGCUCUUCACCUAUUAGGGUGAUCCAGAACAAGAGAGUCUGUUCCGACUGUCAUACAGUAGCCAAGUAUAUUUCCAUGCUAAGAAGACGCGAAAUCUUCCUCAAAGAUGGUGUCCGGUUUCACCACUUCAGAGAGGGGAAAUGUUCCUGCAAUGACUUGUGGUAGUGGGGGAAGAACUGUGGAGUUUAUGAGCAUUGUUUUGCGUGUUCAAUGGUGACAAGUAGGUGGAUUUGGUAAGGUUGGUGGAAAAUUAUCAAACAGAAAGCGGAUGCCAAGGAAGAAUUGUUGUCCAUCAGUUUGAGAUGAUUGUCUGCAAGAGAGCUGUUAAUGCAAAAGGGUGGGGAUUGUGAGGCAUUUUUGAAGAUAGUUAGGUCAUAAAUAUGAAGACACCUACACUGUCUAGCAUAUCGAAGAGGCCUGGAGUUUUAAGCCGUGUCUGGAUCUUGUAUUUAUCAAUCGAAACAAAAGUACUUUCAAGACUCAUUACGGAUAAUGAAAAAUUCGUGAAGUAUUUAUCGAAUGC